GCGCAGACCACUAGUGCGGUAGCAGUUGAGAAAACGUACCCGCUGAUUGAUUGAUUGAUCUCUAUCUGAAGCAGAGUGGGUUCCCGCCCACAAGAACCAGCCUACCGGCGUCGCGACUGGAGUACGUAUCCGUACCCUGCUCUGUCGUUAUCUAUCUCCCUAUCUGUCCUCCCCGGAUAAACAAAAGGCAAGCAAGGGCAGGUCAUGGCCCCAGGGCCCGAGGAUGUGCUGGCUGCGCCCAGCCCGGGUGGUGAUUCGGUCGUCAGCAGCAAGCGUGAUCACUCACCACCUCCCUCUGGCGAUGCCGCCAGCAAGAAGAAGAAGACCACGGCCGGUGCGGGGAGCCGUGGUGUGGCCAAUCUGACGCCAGAACAAUUGGCCAAGAAGAGAGAAAAUGACCGUGAGGCCCAGCGGAACAUCAGACGCAGGACAAAGGAGCAGAUCGAGACCCUUGAACGGCAGAUCCAGGAGUUGCAGAGUCAGCAGCCAUACCAGGAACUCAUGGCGAUGAAGAGGGCCAAAGAGGCCGUCGAGAAGGAGAAUGUCGAGAUGAAGGCCCGCCUGCGCAGUAUCGCCCACGAUCUUCAGGGUCUCAUCGGACCUGCAGAACUCCCACGCCCGUAUGCCUCGCCGGCACCUCCUCCAGGACCUGUGCAUGCCACCACGCCCGCGAGCACGACGUCGUCUGGCAGCGCAGAGCUUCACUCGUGGCAGGCGCAGGCGCACCAGAGCGAGCAGGCCAAGGUGCAACUACAGCAGCAGAGGCACGACAUGCGCCAUGGCCUCGACAUGGGGCCCGAGCGCCUGGGGCUCGACUUCCUCCUGGGUCAGAACCAACGGCCGCCCAAGAUCCAGACGGGCGUGAACGGGGCGCAGGACACGGCGCGGUGGCAGCAUAUCCCCAUGAAACACGACUGGACGGACGUGCGGAAUGAUCAGGCCCUCCGAGGACGAGGCGCGAGUGCUGGUACUCAACUCUGGGAACCGUCCAAGUCUCGAGAGUCGAGCGUCGGCGCACCAUCGACGAGCACAACGCAUGCGCAUCGACCAGCGGUGAGUGACGCUUCUCAAAGCGCAAUGACGCCGCCGUGGUCGAUGCAGAUCAAGAAUUGCGGGCCCACGUGCCCGCUCGACUCGAUCCUGCUCGACUUCUUGGGGGAACGGAGACAGAGGGCGGCCGAGGGGUUGCCUGCUCAAGAGGUCGUCGGCCCUCGGUACCCGUCCGUCUCGUCCUUGCUCAACCCAGCACACAGCGCAAUGUCCCAUCCCCUGUCCAAGGUCUUCACGGACAUACUCUCCACGUUCCCCGACAUAUCCACGUUGCCCGAGAGAGUCGGUGUCCUCUACAUCAUGUUCCUCCUCAUGCGGUGGCAGAUCUCGCCGACGCAGGAGAACUUUGACCGCCUCCCACACUGGGUCCGGCCACAGCCUGCGCAGCUGCAGUACGCGCAUCCCGCGUGGAUCGAUCAUCUGCCCUGGCCGGCCAUGCGAGAGAAGCUGGCCAAGGUGUACACGCCGCACGACUAUCAUUUCGAAAACUUCUUUAUCCCUUUCACGACAACGAUACGCGUAGGCUGGGGAUACGAGGAGACGGACACCCUCCUGCAGAACCCGGACAGCGAGGAACUCAUGGUUAACCCUGUGUUCGAACGCCAUCUGAGGAACCUGGACAACUGGUCGCUGGGAGAGCCGUUUGCCAAGGCCUUUCCGGGAUUGAUCGAGACCUGCAGGAUUGACUACUCGGUCAAAGGGGCUAAGACGCGCCAGUGAAAGGGGGCCAGAUCUGUAACGAAUACUGUACAUAUCUCCACGCGGCUGGGCACGGUCGAAGGGGAAAGGGAAAGGGGUCUACAUCUUACAUAGGGGGUGGGCAGUCGGCGUUCUGGAUUUAUAUGUCAACUGCA